AUGCCAAAAACCCCAACUCGAAGCCUGAAAGUCGAUCAGAUAAAUCCCCUCCCCGAUUUCAAUUCGGGAACAAAUAGGCGUUUAAUUUGUAAUUAUAAUAUUAUUAAAAAGGAUUAUUAUCACUCAAUAUUAUGGAUGGAAGAAGCAAAUGAACGAUAUUAUUCACAAAAAGAAUUUACACAAAAUAAAACUGAUAUUUUAAAUAUUUGGUCAAUUUCUUUAUAUAAACAAGGAAAUUUAAAGAGAGCUUUAAUUAUUAAUGAUAAAUUAAUUGAAUUAGAUCCUUUAUAUCCAAAUGCAACAAAUAAUUCAAAAUUAAUUGAACAAGAAUUAUUAGAUAAUGGAGUUGCUAAAGAAGAUUUCCGUAUAAAUAUACCUCCAUUAAAUAUUACAAGAACGAAUAAUGCUUCUAAUUUAUUUCCUGCAUUCCGUAAAGCUUAUGAAGAACUCUGUCGUGGUGAAAAAGAAAUUAAUACAACAGAAAUAUCCCAACUUUAUUGUUAUUACAAAAUGGAUUGUUCAUUUCUUCGUUUAGCCCCAAUUAAAGUUGAAAUAGUUCGAUACGAUCCUUUAGCCGUUAUAUUUCGAAAUGUUAUUGGUGAUGGAGAGAUUGAAAUAAUGCAGAAUAUAGCGUUAAAAAGAUUAAUGAUAGCUAGAGUUCAGAAUGCUGCUACGGGUGAAGCCAUGCUUUCAAAAUAUAGAAUUAGCAAAAAUGCCUGGCUUAACGCAAACACCCAUCCAGUCGUUAAACAAUUAUUUGAACGUUUAAAAUUAAUGACUAAUUUAAAUAUGAAGUCAGCUGAACCUUUUCAAAUGGGAAAUUAUGGAGUUGGUGGACAAUAUGAACCUCAUUUUGAUUUUGCUAGGGAAUUUGAAGCUGUAAAUGCAACAAAAGGACAUCAAAAUAUGGGAAUUGGGAAUAGAAUUGCAACAGUUCUUUUAUAUUUAAGUACCCCAGAAAAGGGCGGAUUUACUAUUUUUAAUCAGAUAAAAACAAUUGCUAAACCAACUAAACAUGAUGCUCUUUUUUGGUAUAAUUUGUGGAGAAGUGGAAAAGGAGAUAUAAGAACGAUGCAUGCAGCCUGUCCCGUUCUGCUUGGUGAUAAAUGGGUUUCCAAUUCUUGGAUACACGAAAGAGGACAAGAAUUUAUUCGUCCAUGUGGUUUAGAUCCAUCAAUACAAGAACGUUAUGUUGGUGAUUUGGGGGGUCCGGAACCUAAAAAAUAUCCAAAUUUAUCUCCAUAUUGUAAAGAAGGAUUAUAUUGUGAAUGA